UGGUCACACUGUUUUUCAUAGGUCAGCACGGAUGCUGAUUUUUCCAAUCAAGGCUUUUUUGGUUUUUAUAUCAAAAUUAGUUGCUUUCAAUAUAUAGAGAAUAUCUCCCCCGUCAAUUUGUGAACAAUUGAACCCUGUGCGCGUGCAUUGGACAAGCUGAAAUCGAAAUCGAGCCCCCUAUUCGGCAAUUUACGCAUUGUGAAAAACGCAGUCGUCACACCUUUGGACAUUCAUAGACACCAAUACUAAUACAACAAGUACAUUAUUCAAAGCAGACAACCAAUCAAAUAGAAGUGAACGUGAACUAAAAGGCAACAACAAAAAAGUCUUAUAAGACAGCUGCAAGUACCGAUUCCGAGUACUUUCCGACGAUUUAAUUUUCGAUUUUUUCGAAGCGAAACUAACUAGCAGAACCUUUUGGAAAUAUUACGCAAGUAUUAUUUCUGGGUAUAUUUGUUAAUAAUCAUGGCUCAGUAAAGAUGAAUCCUCAACAAAAUAUAAUCGUGCAACGGACUCCGUGUGGAGACAAACACCAACGCGAGACGCAAUUUGCUGCCGUCAAUUCGCAGCAAAAGCAACAACAAACAACAUCCUCUUCCUCCUCUACUCAUCUUCCCAUCAACCUCUGCGGUCUUAGCGCAGCCAAAAAUAACUACAAUGGACAACAACAACAAGAAGCAACAACAGCAGCGCACAAACAAAUCAUCUGCUGAAGCUCAACGCAAAUCAUCAAGUGAUUUGCAUGUCAACAAUAACAAGACACGCAAUUCACGACGUCGGGAGCAACUUCCAACACCACGGAACGAGCAACAACAACGCAACGUUAAGCAACCACAGCAGCAGCAACAACAACAGCAGUCGGCAAAACUACGCGUUAAUGUGGACAAACGUCCACGUGCCCGCAACGGCGGCUACGGUGGCAAUGGUAAUGGCAACGGAUCAGGCUAUGGCGAUGGCUAUGCAGGCACAGAUGCGGAUUACGCUAAUGGCGGCGCCGGACUAGCAGCCUCUGGCGCCGGCUACAUGCGUAGCGGUGAUCUUGACUACGAACUAAACUCUGUGUAUGCUCACGGCAGCAAGAAACAGAAUCUGAACCAUCUGUUGAACUUUCACUGUGUGCCACGCGAGUCGCCAGGGGAUUGGCAUGGCACUGGCCAUGGUGGCGCUGUGUCUCGGCGUCAGCCGCGCUACAACAAGGAGCAGUUUCUGCAGGCCAACUUUCAGUUUGUCAUACGCAGCAGUGCCAAGGCACAGGUGAAUGGCUCGCCCGAUGCGCUUAUCGAUUGGCAGCUGAUUGAGCAGAUCAACAUCCAUACGACCGAGGAGCCCCAGUGUCCCAUUUGCCUCUAUCCACCAGUGGCGGCCAAGUUAACACGUUGUGGCCAUGCUUACUGUUGGCCCUGUUUGCUGCAUUAUCUCUCGUUGAGUGACAAGACCUGGCGCAAGUGUCCCAUCUGCUAUGAUGCUAUCCAUGCAGCAGAUCUGAAGAGCUGCACUAUCGAACAGCAGCAGGCGAUGAAUGUGAGCAAUACCAUCAGCUUUCAGCUGAUGCGUCGUCGCAAAGGCUCCAUGUACAUUGAGAGCUGUGCAACAGCAGCAACUGCUCUUGAGCAUGAACGCUUUCCGCUAUUGAGUUCGCUGGAUGAGGCUAAACGUUUCUCCAAGUUUUUGGUAGCUAAGCGCACGGAUGUGGCUGCUAUUAUUGAGCGAGAGCGUCGCGAACUUUUGGCCGAAUCCGAUGUAUCCUGUCCGGAGGAUGUAUUCAUACAGCAGGCGUUGGUCACGCUUAACGAACGCAGCGAAAAACUUGGUUUGGAGCCGGAGGAGCAACAGCCGCAGCAGCCAACAUUGCCGCAGGUGGCGGAGGAAGAGCUACAGCCCAAGACACCGGAUAUUGAUGAGAAACCCGACAAUGCAUCUGUGUCGUCCAACAGCAGCAGCUCCUGCAACAUCAACACCAUUAACACCAACAAAUAUUAUUAUUUUUAUCAAUCGAACGACGGUCAAAACAUCUAUUUGCAUCCAUUGAAUGUUAAAAUGCUGCAAGCUUGCUAUGGCACCUUGGAUCUGGCUCCAGUGCUGAUUGCUGGGCAGAUAUUACAGAAGGAGCAUCACUCAAUGGAUGAAGAGCAUCGCCGUAAAUUCACUUGCUUGGGUCAUUUACCACUCACAUGUCAGUUUGCUGUGGUCGAAGUGGAUCUGCAGCCUCCUACUAUAUCCAACAGCAUUCUUAAGCUGUUCAAGGAUGAUCUGUUGCAUCGCAAGAAGGAACGUCAGCGUCGUGAGCGUGAAGAGCGUAAGCGCGAGCAGCACAUCAACGAGAUCAACGAUCGUCAGAUGGGCAAACUUAUUGCCAGUGCAGCCAAUUUGAAUCUAAGCUCUACGCAUGAGUUUCCGACUUGUGGCUUUGAGGAGGAUUUGCCAGCACCACGCGGCUCAAUGCCUAUCUCGAUUGCCGAGCCAAGCGGCAUGAGAUACUCUAGCGUAGCUGCUAGUCCCAAGCAAGAGCUGUGGCCCAGCAUUGGGAACACCUCACCAGGCACCUCGACGGGCUCGCGUCAUAGUCCACCGGAGUUCCGGGCGGGUGCUUGGGGACGCGCCGCUCCGCCACCACCAAGAGCUACCGCUGCUGCAGUUGCUAGUCGACCCACACUGGAUGAGGACAAUGAAUUGCGUGCGGUCGGUCCUUGGGCAUUGGGUGAAUUACUUAUCGGCGCUUUGGGUCAACAGAAACAGCGUGGCGGUGGCAAACCGAAUUCAGCGGCUGCUGCAGAUGCUACCGCUGCCAAUAAGAAGCAAAAGAAGGGCAAGAAGAUGGUACCAUUAUUUGCAGUCGGCAUGAACCGAGCUCCUUAAAAACAAAAUACUUUUAUUUUACACACACACAAAUAUGCAUAUUGAAAAGGGAAAUUUUUGUUUAGAUCGAACAUUGCUAUUACAACGUUAUUGCGAAUAACAUUAACCAGAUAAAUCAAGUUUUUUUUUAUUUAAUUAAUCCACACUCAUAUGUAAUUGCAUUAUUAUAUAACAAACAAUAUAUACUCCAAUAAAGGCAGAGAGCAUAGCAAAAUGCACAAUGAAA